AUGCUGCCCAUGUCAAAUGAUGCAAAGAAAGAAAAGCUAAAAGAUGUCUUGCUAGGCCUACAUUGGGCCGCAACCACUGGCAAUGUCGGACUUAUCAAAUUCGCGUUGGACCAUGGCGUCCCGAUAGACUCAGCCGUCAAUGGCUUUGUACCAUUGCAACUAGCUUGUAUCAGUGACAACAACAUAGCUGCUGUACAGUAUCUCAUUGAUAGAGGUGCUGAUGUAAAUAUCCAAAAAUGGUCAAAGAAGCACAGUAUAGACAAAACGCAAGCCGUUCCAGGGGCAACAGGAUCCACUGCACUCCAUGUAGCUUGCGCCAACGGCUGUAUCAAGAUUGUAGACCUUUUAAUCAGGAAUAAUGCCCGCAUUGAUGUGAAGGAUAAAUACGGCUCGACUCCUUUAGAUGUUGCACAAGCAAAGCACGAAACUGAAAUAGUAAAACUGCUGAAAGCAUCACGAGAGCAACAAAGACAUUACAAGCAUCGCCCCAUGUCAUAUAGCAACGACAGUGAUGAGAAUGAAAACAGUAGAGCUCGAAAAUCUAUCGAUUCCAUCGUCAUGACUCAUAAGCGAACUUCUUCGGAUAAGCAGCCUCGUAUACGAAGACCCAGCCUACCAUCCAUAUUCGAAGGGCACCAUUUUUUGCCUCAAUACAUACCACCUAGCAUCAGCAUGACUCCGUCCUCAACGUCCCUCACAACAUACACUAAUGCCAACAGCAAUCUGGAGCCCCCAUCGACUGCCUCGAGGCGGAGUUUUUCAGCGCACAGACCAUUGACAGACGAAAUGCAUACCCAUUCUUGUCCAGUGACACCUAGAACUUCGUUAGAGUAUUUUAAUAGUAGUAAAAGAUCUCAAAAUCGCAACAUACCCCAUAGAGACAGAUCACCUCGAUCCUCUGAAGACUCUUCGGCCAUCACUUAUUCAACAUCGCCUUCUCAAGGCAGCAUGUUGAAUCCGGAUUAUGCGACUGCUGUGGUUACUGCUGAUGGACAACCAGACUGGUAUGCGUAUGGCGUAGUCAAUCCAUACGAUGAUGACAAUUAUCUCUUGUCAUUGGAAAGAAGAGCAUAUAAUCUGGCCUCCAACGAAGAUGGUGGAUUGGAAAGACAUUCGCAAGAUUCCUCAAGACGGCCCGUGGCGUACGACGACAUGACAUUGCCUGUCUAUCGUCGACAAUCUACUGCCUCUUCCGGUGAUGAUCAACAAUCAGAUCCCCACAUCCACACAAGAAGAAGCGAUUCAUCUGACUCUGGUAACAAGCUGCGGACAACAGCACUAAAGAAUGCGAUGGCCGCCAAUAAUGGGAUAUCUGUCAAUCUGACAUCAGACUCCAUCACUCCCACCUCUGAAAAUGAAGAAGAAGGCUACGAUGGUGAAGUUGAUGAUGAAGAGGAAGAAGAAGAGGAAGUAGACGAUGAGGAGGAAACUUACAAUAGUGAGCCAUUACCACGGCCCUCUGUUGUGUUGGACAGCGGUCCAGAAGCAGAUCUUGUGCGAUACCGAUUCUUGCGUCAGGAUCAACAAGCGGACGUCAUUCAUACUGCUCAAGAAAGAGUUCAUAUGACAGAUCAUCCUCAUCAUGCUGAAGGGAAAAAGAACUGGUUUAGUGGGCUGGGAAAAGAAGUAGGCAGGCAUUCACUGGAUAGCCAUUCGCGCAAAAGUUUGGAUUUUAUGCCUAGUUUUGAGAACUUUACUCAGUUUGCUAAGCGAGGGGUGCCUAAUAUAUUAAGUCAAGAUGACGAUACAUCAGACGAUGAUGAAAGACACCAGCAGCAGCAGCAGCGAAAUGGCUUCUUUUCAAGAUGGGCUCCUGCAUGGUCCAAGAAGUGA